CUCAAUACAUUCACGGUAGUGGACCGCCCUUUCGCUUCGUUAUCUGUGAAACAAAAUAACCCACCGUAACGUUUUGGAUCAUAAAGCAACAACUAAAGUAUUGUUUACAAAAGUAUGUCUGUUACAACAGUUCACAUCCGUGACAAACUAAUCAAGGAAUUCGGAGCGGUGCUUGUGGAUGUUGAAGACACGUCCCCUAACAGAUGUGCUGCCAGCUUCAAAGUUAUAAUAGUGUCUCCCCAGUUUGAGGGGAAACCACUGCUGGCGAGACACAGGAUGGUGAACACCUGCUUGGCUGAAGAGCUGAAAGAGAUCCAUGCCUUUGAACAGAAGACGCUGACACCAGAACAGUGGGAGAAACAGAAAGCACAGUGAUGAAGACACACACUUUGACCAUAUUUACAUUUACUUUACACAUUAUUAUUUGUAAAUAAGCAACAGUUGCUCACACAAUAUUGACUUCCUGACCUAACAUAUAUUUCAUUUCAGUCAAUGAUGCAGACUGAAAUGAAGUAUUAAACAUGAUGACAAGACAAUCCUGGUCCGAAUUCCUUAAUGAUUGAAUGAGUGUACUGAAGCAUAACUUUCAGUUUUGGUUGUGGAGGUAUGUGAUUAUUACUGACAUUAUACCAAGUUGUUAUUAGGAAUGGGACAACGCAUAACACGGAACAGACAGAAAAACUCACAUGAAAUCUAAUCUUAUCACUUAAACAAAUAAUUUCUGUGUUUGUUUGGUCAUAACAAUGAAUGACUUGACUCAAGGAAAUGGCUUUUCAGAUUGGAAAGCCCCAAAUUAAAAUGAUUUCCAAGAAGUUUGAGAUCAAGUGUGUAAAUGAAUAAAAUGGACUGGCACAGCUUUGAA